AUCUUUUUUUCUUCCCCUAUCAACCCUCCCAGCGGUCGACUGCAUGGCAACCUCUGCUCAACUCUUUCACACAUUCAAAGCCAAAGCAAUGAGCUAGCAGCGGCUGCUCUGCCUCCGACUCUCUAGCUGAAUACACUUGUACCUACCUAGACGUCGGGGCAGUUGCACUUCAUCACAAUGGAGGAGUCCUCGAGGAUAUUCGUGCGGAAUCUGCCGCCAACCAUCACUGAGGCCGACUUCCGGAAGCACUUCGCGGCCAAGGCACGAGACAUCACCGACAUCAAGGUGAUCCCUGCGAGGAGGAUCGGCUUUGUCGGCUUCAAGACGGCCAAGGCUGCGUCGGAGGCGGCCAAGUACUUCAACCGCUCCUUCAUCCGCAUGUCCAAAAUCUCUGUCGAGCUGGCAAGACCGCCUUCUGACCCCUCCCUUCGAGCGCCGACGACGCUGGGGACUGGGCAUACAGACACCCCCUUUCUCUCAGGCGCCUCCCAGAAACAGGCACCCGAGGGUGGCCAGCCAGAUGCUAAGCCGAAGAAGCGCAAGCGCGAAGAUCUUGACCUGUCUGAUCCUAAGCUCAAGGAGUACAUGGAGACGAUGCAGUCGGCAGCAAAGCUAGACGGUGCCAUGGCUGAGACGCCAGUGCCCGAGCUGGCUUCCGGGAAGGCGAUUGCUGCCCUCGAUGGCGAGAGCGACGAUGAUUACGAGGAGAUACCAGCACGCCCCGCCAAGAGGGCGGCCGUUGAGACCUCUGUUGGUCGCGCUCCUCGGCCAGACGCGGCCUCGGAGGCUGCUCUGGAAGCUCGAGUCCAGACCCUCCCCGAGCAACCAGCUUCCGAAACUGGGCUUAGGGAUGCUGCAGCCACAGACGACGAUUGGCUCCGGUCUCGAACUAAUCGACUUCUGGAUCUUGUCGACGCGGAUGAUCCAGACGCUGUCCCAGCCCCACAGGUCGUGGCGGCGCCGUUGCCCCCUGCCUCGUCUACGGAGGCGGGCGACGACGCUGCGCAGCCGACAGAAAUGGAGCAGCCCCCUAAGGAUCGCCGUAUGGCUCCAGUCUCGGACAAGGACCGAGCAGGUGACGCACUAGAUCUCGUCCGCAAAACAUCGCGUCUGUUUGUCAGAAACCUGCCCUACAGCGCAACCGAAGAUGAUUUGAGGAGUCACUUUGAAAAGUUUGGGAGCGUUGAGGAGGUGCACCUGCCUGUUGCGAAGUCGAGCGCGAGCAAGGGCUAUGCGUUGGUGCUGUUCACUAGCGCAUCCUCGGCCAUCGACGCAUUCCAGAAGUCUGAUGGCAGUUUGUUUCAGGGCCGGAUUCUGCAUGUGCUCCCUGCCCAGUCCAAGAAGGAGUCCAAGCUGGACGAGUUCGCAAUCUCCAAGCUCCCGUUGAAGAAGCAGAAUCUGAUCAAGAAAAAGGCCGAGGCCGCGUCGACCUCGUUCAACUGGAAUGCCCUCUACAUGAGCCAAGAUGCCGUGAACGCUUCGGUAGCAGAUCGCCUGGGCGUGUCCAAGUCGGAGCUACUAGACCCGUCAUCGGCCGAUGCGAGUGUAAAACAGGCCAUCGCGGAGACCUCAAUCAUCCAGGAGACAAAGGUCUACUUCGCCACCAACGGCAUCGACCUGGACGCCUUCAAGUCGCGCCAGCGGGGCGACACUAUCAUCCUUGUCAAGAAUUUUAGUUACGGCACCACUAUAGACGAGUUGAGGAAAAUGUUUGAGGAGCACGGCAUUGUCCUGAGGGUGCUGAUGCCACCGAGUGGGACCAUAGCAAUCGUCGAGUUUGCGCAGGCCCCUCAUGCGAGAGCUGCUUUCAUGAAUCUCGCAUACAGACGGGUCAAGGACUCGGUGCUAUUUCUGGAGAAAGGCCCCAAAGGUCUGUUCAAGAACCAGCCAACCCCGACGCAGAUACAGAGUAGCAGCGGCGGCCCCACCGCGGCGAAGAAACUGUCGGUGACUGAGCUACUGGAACGCGACGAGGUCCAGGAUGUUGCCGAGACGACGUCUUUGUUCGUGCGGGGGCUAAACUUUGCCACCACGACGGAGAAACUAGCCGAGACGUUCAGACCCCUGGACGGGUUCGUGUCCGCUCGCGUCAAGUCAAGGACGGACAGCAAGAGGCCAGGUGUGGUGCUGAGCAUGGGCUUUGGCUUCGUCGAGUUCCGCACCAAGGAGCAGGCACAUGCAGCUCUCAAAACGAUGGACGGGUACACCCUGGAGGGUCACGUUCUGGCCGUCAAGGCAUCGCACAGAGGAUUGGAUGCGGCCGAGGAACGGAGACGGGAGGACAAGGCCAAGAAACUGGCUGGGCAGCACACCAAGAUCAUCAUCAAGAAUUUGCCGUUCGAGGCGACAAGGGCGGACGUGCGGGCCUUGUUUGGCACCUAUGGGCAGCUCCGCGCAGUGCGGGUGCCCAAGAACUUCGAGAACAAGACUCGUGGGUUUGCCUUUGCCGAGUUCACCACACCCAAGGAGGCGGAGAACGCGCUCAACGCGCUGGGGAGCACGCAUUUGCUUGGGCGCAAGCUGGUGCUCGAGUUUGCCCAGGCCGAGGCGGUGGACGCGGAGGAGGAGAUCGCGAAGAUGCAGAAGAAGACGGAGGGACGGGUGAACAAGGUGGCCUUACAGAAGCUCAUAGGGAGAGGGGCCAGGCACAAGGUGGUCAUUGGCAAUGACGAUGGGGAUGAGGUUGGUGGCGGAGAUGAGGCCUGACCAGAGGCAUGAGCAAAGGCAUGCGGUUUGAUGAACAAAGUCACAGCUAGUUGGCCUGACUGGGGGCCUGUCUUUGAAUACCCACACCCAGCAGAAGCAGGGCGCGCCGUGCACGCGCUCCCCUAAAUCAAAGAAGGACGUUGGCAGCUGCUACCCUCGUUUCCCUCCUAUAUUUGUCCUGUAUCCUGUAUGGUUUCGUCUCAAUACCUGCGGUGGUGCACUGCUGAAGACAGGGCGUCGUCGCUUGCCAUCCCUUCCCGCCCCCAAAUCAGGCCUGGAGU